CGGCUACUGCUGCCUGCCGGUUGCUAGGAGUCGAGGACGCAGGCCACGCAGCAGGCCCCUGGCCGGCCGAGGGGGCAGGCGCCAGCCAGGUGGUCUCCGGGGUGGCCGGAGCCUGGCCGGGGCCCCGGGUACCCCGGCCGCCCGGGCCUGCGAGGAGCUAUGGAACCUGGAAGGAGAAGAACCAAAGAUGAUACUUGGAAAGCGGAUGAUCUCAGAAGACAGCUUUGGGCUGUGCAAUCAGGUGCUUCCAAGGAAGAAAGGAAACACAAAGAGAAGAAGCUGCACCGGGAGUCUGAGACGGACCUUCCUGAGCACAAAGAGCAUAAGUACAGGGAUCCAGAGCGGGAGGCGAAGUACAGAGAACGGCUGACCGAGAGAGAGGCCCACGCCUCCAGGGAGCACCCUCGCGGGGAGAGGGACAGAGAGAAACAGAGGGAGAGGAAGAAGGACGCCAGAGAUCGGGACAAGGAAAAGUCGAGAGAGAAGUACCGAGAGCAGGAGGCAGAGAAGGCUCACAGCAGGGGCAAGGACAGAGACAAGGACAAGGACAAGGACAAGGACAGGAGGGCAAGGAAGGACGAGCUCCGGCAGACCGCUGCCCACCACAACCUCCUGGGCCGCGAGGCCCGCGAGGCCCGCGAGGCCCGCGAGCGACAGCUUCUGGAGAGAGCGGAGAGGAAGGUCCGCUCAGUAAGUAAAGUAAGAAUUGAAGAGAAAGAACGGAGAGAAGAAGACUGUGAAAGAGCAGAAGAUGAGAGAGAGAGGAGAUACCGAGAGAGAAAGUUGCAGUAUGGUGACAGUAAAGACAAUCCUCUUAAGUAUUGGCUUUAUAAAGAAGAAGGCGAGAGAAGACACAAGAAGGCAAGAGAACCAGAUCGAGAAAAGAAACACCGGGAGAAAAGAGAGAAACAUUCAAAGGAAAAAAGUAGUUCGUUCUUUGAGAAAGAAGGAGAAGAAAGACAUAAAGAAAGACGACAUAAAGAAAGCUCUCAUUUUGAUGAUGAGAGGCACCGAAGUAACGUGGAUAAAAAAGAAAGAUCGUUGAAAGAGGAACACAAGAAAAGAGAAUCCAAGAAUGGUGAACAUAGAAAUCGAGGAACAAAUUCAAAAAGAGAUGGAACUGGCAGCCAGCAUGCAGAGAAUUUAGUCAAGAAUAUUGGGAAAGACAAAGAUUCAAGAAGGAAGCAUGGCCACGAGGAAGCCUCAUUGAUGUGGAAGCUGUCUCAGAGGCAAGAAAGUGAAGAAACUGUGGAAAUUGAAAAAGAAGACAUUGAUUUAGAAAAUACUGAAGCUGAUGAGUAUACACCCAGUUUUGAAGGUGAUUUUGAAGACUAUGAAGAUGACUUUGAGGUUUGUGAUGGAGAUGACGAUAGUAAUAAUGAGACUGAAUCAAAAGAAAACAUCGAAGAACUUCCUCCGGCCCGCAAAAAGGAAAUCCAAGAAAUUCAGAAAGCCAUUAAUGCAGAAAAUGAAAGGGUUGGCGAGUUGUCCUUGAAACUGUCUCAGAAGCAAGGUCGAGUGGAUUGUACCAGGGAGUCCAGGGCAGAUGGGAAUAAUUCUCCUUCCAGAGCCCCUGUUUGUGGAAUUUUUGUGGAUUUUGCAACAGCCUCACACCGCCAGAAGAGUAGGACUCAGGCCCUUAAGCAAAAGACACGGAGUACAAAGCUGCUUCGGCUUAUUGACUUAGAUUUUUCCUUCACUUUCUCUCUCUUGGAUCUACCACCAGUAAAUGAAUAUGACAUGUAUAUCAGAAACUUUGGGAAAAAAAAUACCAAGCAGGCAUAUGUUCAGUAUAAUGAAGAUAAUGUUGAAAGAGAUAUUCAAACUGAAGAAAUAGAGACCAAGGAAGUGUGGACCCAGCAUCCAGGAGAGAGUGCUAUUGUGUCUGGAGGUAGUGAAAAAAGAGAUAUUUCUGAUGCUGCAGUUGUACCAAAGAUUGAUACUCCAAGGUUAUCUAGUUUUCUCCGUGCAGCUUGUCAGGUGAUUUCCGUUCUACUGGAAGAGGAUCGUUUGGCAGCUGAGCCCAGCUGGAAUCUCAGGGCUCAAGACCACACGCUGCACUUCAGUGACAGCUCCUCUCAGCUGAAUACUCAGCUGCCGUUCCUUCAGAAUCGAAAAGUAUCCGGCUUGCAUGCCUCUCAAGUUCAGAGGCAGACGGUCGUCUCCGUUCAUGACUUACCUGAAAAGGAGUUCGUCCAUCCACUGGACGGAAGAUACAUCCUCUGCGUGUGGGAUAUUUGGCAGCCAUCAGGGCCCCAGAAGGUUCUGAUAUGUGAGUCCAAGGUCACUUGUUGCUGCUUUAGCCCUGUUAAAGCAUUUUUGCUGUUUGCUGGCACAGCGCAUGGCUCAGUAGUUGUGUGGGAUUUAAGAGAAGAUUCGAGGAUACAUCAUUAUGUGAAGCUGAGCGAUUGCUUUUGGACCUUCAGGACAGCAACGUUUUCUACUGAUGGAAUCCUUCUAUCAGUAAACCAUCGGAGUCCCAUUCAAGCAGUGGAACCGAUCUCGACGUCUGCUUGCAAGAAGCAGAGCUUUGUGCUUUCACCCUUUUCUACUCAAGAAGAAAGACCAGGUGUGUCCUUCCACAUGGCUUCCUUGGAUGAGAGUGGCGUGCUCAACGUGUGGGUGGUUGUUGAAUUACCAAAGGCAGACAUCGCAGGUUCAAUAAGUGAUUUAGGUCUGAUUCCUGGAGGGAGGAUAAAGUUGGUGCACAGUGCUACGAUCCAGCUGGGCGACAGUCUUUGCCCUAGAAGCAGUGAAUUUUGGGGAAACACACAAACACUGAAUAUUAAAUUUCUGCCUUCCGAUCCAAGUCACUUUAUUGUUGGCACAGACCUGGGUCUUAUAAGCCAUGGCUCAAGACAAGAUUUGAAAGUAUCUCCCAGGUUGUUCAAGUCUCAGCAGUGUGGAAUAAGACCAGUAAAAGUUAAUGUGAUUGAUUUUUCACCAUUUGGAGAACCAAUAUUCCUGGCUGGUUGCUCAGAUGGAAGCAUCAGGCUGCACCAGCUGACCUCCGAGCACCCCCUUGCGCAGUGGGACAACAGCACCGACGGACGCGCUGUCACCGGCCUGCAGUGGUCCCCAAGCAGGCCUGCUGUGUUCCUGGUCCAGGAUGAGGCAUCCAGGGUUUAUAUCUGGGACCUCCUCGAGAGUGAUCUGGGCCCUGUGGCCAGGCAGUCCAUCUCCCCAGACGGGUCUCACAUGGGCAGCAGUGACCAAGUAUUUGAGCCGUCACCUGCAGCCUCCCACGGUGCAGAUGAGCAGGAGGGUGGAAUCAGAAGCAGAGUCGGAACUUGAACCCAGGCACUCCAGUAGGGACACGGACGUCCCAGGUGAUGGCUUAACUGCUGCACCAAAUGCCCACUGCUGGGCAAUAUUUUGAAAACCACUUUAAAAUGCGGUUAUUUUAUGUUUAUCCCAAAAUAGUCUAAUGAAUUAAAGAUUUGUAAUAUACUGUUUCCCCAUUGUCAUGAUUCUGUAAGUAAAAGGAAAGUUUUUGUAAGCUUCUUGGUUAUAUUCAUGUGCCAGUUUUAUAAAUUCAGCAUGUCUGUGAUAUACAGAGUAUUCCUUCUGGUAUCAAAAACAGAAUAGUAUGUGAGAAUAAGUAAUUCACGUAGUUUCACACUGUUGAACCAUUUCAGAGUCAAAUCAUCUCAGCAUCCCUGCCGUGGCCUUUCCAUCAAUUCAUGUGAAAUUCACUAAUGUGAAUUUAAGACAUUAAAUGUGAAUUAAUGAGUCUUUAUCUUUGUUGUCUUUUUUCAAAGUAGAAAUAUUUAUAGAAGCUUUCAUUACGAAGGGUUCUCUCUGGUAUGAGUUUGUCUGUUCACCUGUGUUUUUUCUUGAGACUUUACAUUUCUCAAAACUUCCUCUCCGGGGAAGAAAAGGAACUCCCAAAUAUAACCCCAAAUCCCGUUUGUAAAGGUAAGAGGAAGAUAGAAAGCCAGAUAAUAGUUUGAUCGACUGUUAGGAAUACACUGAUAAGGUGUGAAAAAAUACUGAGGGUUGGAUUUAUGUAAUUCAAAUGCUAGGCAUACUGACAUUAUUCUAAUUGUUAGAAAAAAAUACACCAAAAAAGUUCAUCCUGUGGAUACAUGUACACUCAUAGUGCAUCUGUAGUUUAUUUUCCGGAAAGUCUGCCUGUCCAUUGUUUAGUAAAUAAAUACCGAAUUUAUUGAGCUCCAGCUGUGUACCUGGCACUGCUCUAGACCCUGGGUAUAACACGGAGCCAGUCAGGACUGCCCCCACUUCCUGGUUAGCCAAGAUGGGUGAUACAUAAGACAAGGAACGCAGAAGAUGUGUUAGAAUGUAUGCGAUGUUGAGAAUUAAAAUAGUAAGGGGCCAGGAGUGGGGGCAGUAGGCUGUUGGGGAAGAUGGUCCUGUUGAGAGGGGACAUUUGGGCAAAGACAUAGGAGAUGAAUACCAGGGGCCUGCCUGGGCAGGAGAGCAGGCAAACCAGUCCCACGAUGGACUGCGCUGGUGUGGGGAGGCCGCGGUUGCCCGUGGGACAGGGACACUGGCUGAGUGGGAUGAGAGUUGUGGGAGGUGAGCAGAACAAUGACGAGUCCUGUUUGAUCAGGUCCAGAUGCACUGUUCAGAAUAUGUUUGCGCACGUUAGCUGGAUAAGGAGCCCUCCUCCGUGGAGCCUCGUCUUGCAUCGCACCAUGUGUGCUGGGGACCGUGGUUGCAGUCUAAGAACCUGACGACUCUUGCCCUGGCGAGGGCCCUCUCUGCCGUGUCCCGUGCCAGUGCUGGACACGCGAGGGACCGCCCGUCCUUGUGUCUGCUUCUCGGGAGCUUGCGGGAGGGAGGUGGCAGUUGAGCAGCUUGUUUGCAGCUGUGUUUCAGUUAGAAAAAAGUAGGAGCCAGUGCUGUGGUACAGUGGCCAGCAUUGUGGCACAGCAGGGUUAAGCCCUCACCUGAGAUGCCAUGUCCUGUAUGAGCACCAGUUCCAGUCCCAGCUGCUCCACUUCUGAUCCAGCUCUCUGCUGUGGCCUGGGAAAGCAGUGGAGGAUGGCCCAAGUCCUUGGGCCCCUGCAUCCACAUGGGAGACCUGGAUGGAAUUCCCAGCUCCUGGGUUCGACUUGGUGCUGCCUUGGCCAUCGUGGCCAUUUUGGGGGAGCUCGCUCUCUCUCCCUUUCUCUGUAUCGCUGUAACUCUGUCAUUCAAGCAACCAAAUCAAUCUUUUUUUUUUUUUUUUUAAAUAAUGUUACAUAGAAAGUUCUGAAUUGUUUUUCUCUAGCUCUAAAGAAAAUCAGACCAAGAGGAGUGCAAUAGAGUUUGACAGGAGUUUAGAUUAAAUAGAGGAAGGAUUUACCACUUUUAGAGUUUUUUAGGCUGAAAUUCAUGAUAACCACCUUCCUGUUCUGCAGUCACUCAUUGAAAGCAGACAGCUCCUCUCUAGGGCUUCUUGGGGCCAGCCCAGGAGCUGUUGUAAUCGGUUUGGCAAACAAAUGUUAAACCUAGGCUUUGGUUUUCAUAUUUUGCCCUGCUUCCCUGAUUCUGUCCAACUCAAAUCUUGAAGAUAUUUCAAAAAAUUCUCCAAUGAUAGCACUAAUUCCCCAAUGGUAGUGUUUAAAAAAACAUUUAUAGAGAUAGUUUAUCAAUGAACUACAUUCUGUUCCUCACCCCACUCCUCCAGUCCUUAUUCCAGGGAUACCUUUUAGGAUUAUCAUCCAUUCUAAUUUUUUUUAAGCUUUUGUUUGGUGAAUACAAUUUUCAUAGAUUCAACUUUGGGAAUACAGUGGUUUUACCCCCCAUACCCACCCUCCCUCACCUACUCCCAUUCCACCUCUUACUCCCUCUCCCAUCGCAUUUUUCAUUAAGAUUCAUUUUUAAUUAUCUUUAUAUACAGAAGACUAAUCUAUACUAAGUAAAGAUUUCAACAGUUUGCAAACACACAGACAUACAAAGUAUAAAGUACUGUUUGAAGACUAGUUUUACAGUUAAUUCUCAUAGUGCAACUCAUUAAGGACAGAGGUCCUACAUGGAAAGUAAGUGCACAGUGACUCCUGUUGUUGAUUGAACAAUUGACACUAUUAUUUAUGACAUCAGUGAUCACCCAAGGCUCUUGACAUGAGCUGCCAAGAAAACUAUGGAAGCCUCUUGAGUCCACAAACUCCGUCAGUAUUUAGGGCCAUAAGGAAACUAGAAGUUCUCUCCUCCUUUCAGAGAACAGUACCUCCUUCUUUUUUUUUUUAUUUAUUUAUUUAUUUAUUUAUUUUUUUUUUGACAGGCAGAGUGGACAGUGAGAGAGAGAGACAGAGAGAAAGGUCUUCCUUUGCCGUUGGUUCACCCUCCAAUGGCCGCCGCGGCCGGCGCGCUGCGGCCGGCGCACCGCGCUGAUCCGAUGGCAGGAGCCAGGAGCCAGGUGCUUUUCCUGGUCUCCCAUGGGGUGCGGGGCCCAAGCACCUGGGCCAUCCUCCACUGCACUCCCUGGCCACAGCAGAGGGCUGGCCUGGAAGAGGGGCAACCGGGACAGAAUCCGGCGCCCCGACCGGGACUAGAACCCGGUGUGCCGGCGCCGCUAGGCGGAGGAUUAGCCUAGUGAGCCGCGGCGCCGGCCCAGUACCUCCUUCUUUGAUGGCCCCUUCUUUCCACUGGGGUCUCACUCACCAAGAUCUUUCAUAUAGGAUAAUUUUUGCCACAGUGUCUUGGCUUUCCAUGCCUGCAUUGCUCUCAUGGGCUUUUUAGCCACAUCCGAAUGCCUUAAGGGCUGAUUCUGAGGUCAGAGUGUCAUCCAUUCUUGAUGUUUCCAGGUCUGUGGCAGUUAAACUCUACCUGUAUUUUACAUGACUGAUCAAACAGCAAUACUGAAAUGUUAAACAGUGUAAGUUCUAAUGACUUGUCAUGGUCUGCCCCUGUUGUGUUCUUGCGAGGAAUUAGUUCUUACACCUGCCCUUGUUCCUCGUAAUGCUGUAACUUCUCUCUAGCAAGAGCUCCUGGUGGCUGUUCAGUGAACACUUCAGAGGCACAUUGUCAAGCCCCAAGUGCAUUUCUCUGAGUGCUCAGGUGGGUUCCCCCAGUGCAACUCUGGCUUCGCCUUGGCCACCCAUGUGCUAGGGAAUGCUAUGGUGACAGCAGAGGCUCCUGUCCGUGUGCUCUGAGGGCUCAUACCAUGGGAGUCUGGCUGCCCUGGGUAUUUGGAUUACAGAGACAGCAUUUACUUCAUGUUAGUAGACAGAGCUGUUGGGCCACACAAGGGGGAUUCGUUCUAGCCCUCUGCUGCCUGCUGGUGAGAGCUCAGUGUGUCCUGCUUCCAGUCAUGUGCCCCACUGAAACGGUGCAGCACUGUGUAGUGCCAGACCCUGGCUGCUGAUCACUAGGGAGUAAGACAAGGGGGAGGGGCCAUGUUGAGGAAGGCGCUAGGUUAAACCCGAUGAUUCAGGCUGUGACUGAGACAUUCCUGGGGUGCUGUGGGAGUCCUGGGGGGGGGGCGGGGGGCUGACCCAGAUGUGCUGCAGUCAGGGGGUCCUGGGAGAUUUCUCCAGGUGAUGGCACUGAUAGAUGGGAGUGUGCUGGACAAAGCUGGAUAGGAGGAGUCUCUGAGGCACUGGGAGAGGAAGCCAGUCCCCAAGCUGCAGGUGCCUGGAGCGGGGAAGGAGGGAGGGUGGGGAGAGCUGGAUUUGUAGAGGUUCUGGGCCAGCGCAGGCUGGCGGAGGCCUUCUGGAAGACUGAAUGCUUUCCUGCGGGCAGCAGGAUGGGAUUUAAGUGGGGGCAGCACAAACACUGCGUGUGUGUUUCAAGUCUGUCAGCUGUGGGGAGGGAAUAAGAUUCAGGAUGGGCAGUGGGGAUGAUCUCACGGUGGGGAUGUCCUGUGGGAGGAGACAGAGGUGUUGGCCCAGCCCUAGGUCUCUUGCACGGGCACUUGAUGGAUGGAUGAAGGAGGUGACCAGCGGUCAGCGGGUGGCCUCGGCUGUAGAUGCAGAUUUCUGAGCACUGACACUGAGCUGCUGGCCGUCUCCUCUGGGGAGGCAGUGAGGAGACCAAGGACGAGGCACCAGGAAACCUCAUGCUGGGGCCCCACGUCAGGGACGCAGCUGUCCGAGGCUCUGGGGUUGGGCAAGACCUGCCGAGGUCACUCUUGAGCUGAGCAGAGAGGAGGCACAUUGAGAGCGUCCUCCCACCUGCGUGAGGCUGCUGCAGAGUUCCCGGCCUGCCUGGGGUAACACGUGCUCAUCAGUCACUUCGUCAAGUCAGCGGCCCCGUAGAGGUCUAAGGUGCAGAAAUACACUCUCUGUAGAUUUUCACAUUUUAUUUCUGGUCUCACUUUUCAUUUUGACUGUUGCCCUUUUUUAUUUCUCUCCCAUUUCACCCUCCCUUUGCAAGAUGGAUUUGUGGGAGACUCGGAAGGAACAGGAAGUCUCACACACGUGCACCAACUUCUCUGUUUAUGCCCCUUCUCGC